AUGAUCACUGACAGAAGUGACAUGUCCAGUGAGGCUACAGAAAUGAUGGAAAAGGAUAAAUCGGGGGAUUCCGGGGAAGAGCCGGUGUCUAUCCGCGUGCCGAUCAAUGGCAUGACGUGCCAGUCCUGCGUCCGGAGCAUAGAGGGAUCCGUGCGAGAAUUACCUGGAGUCAGGCACGUCAAGGUGGAGCUAUCGGAAAAGGCUGGUUACUUCAGAUAUGACCCUCGCGCUUGUUCAGCGCCUGCCAUCCGCGCUCACAUAGAAGAAAUGGGCUUCGAAGUGCCCACAGACACCGCAGCAGACGAAACCAAAAAUUUGCUAGAGCGAGAAAUACCCACUGACUUGCUGAUCGACAUGACGGGAGCCCCCGCGGAGAGCGUCGCGGUGAUAGGAGUCGCGGGCAUGACUUGUCAGUCCUGUGUCAACACUAUACAGGGCAGUCUAUCAGAAAUGCCGGGUGUCCUGCAUAGCGUAGUGAGUCUGGUAGACAACUCAGCGGUGGUUCGGUUCUCGCGCGAGGCAAUUACACCAAAACAGAUUGCCGACGCAAUAUAUUCGCUCGGAUUUGAUGUGGACAUAACAAACGUCGAUGGGAAGUCUUUUAGUGAAAAUGGUCACCUACAAGCCUCCGGAGACGGUUUCAAAGCAUCACCGAUUAAAAAUGGAGGUCCUGCUAAUGGUACAAUAUCACCGCCGCCAGAGGAAAUAUCCCAGUGCACGUUAGAGGUCAGAGGAAUGACGUGCGCGUCCUGUGUCGCAGCUAUUGAGAAACACUGUUCUAAGUUAUAUGGUGUACAUUCGAUCGUGAUAGCGUUGUUAGCAGCUAAAGCAGAAGUUAGGUUCGAGCCGAACAAAAUACCGGCGACGUCUAUAGCGCAAUCCAUCACAGAAUUGGGUUUUCCAGCUGAGGUCAUCAGCGAGAGUGGUGCACCUAGAGAUUUGACACUUCUGAUAAAAGGAAUGACGUGCGCGUCUUGUGUCAACAAAAUCGAGAAAACUUUGCUCAAACUAAACGGAGUCGCGUCUUGUGUUGUCGCGCUCACUACAUCCAAAGGUAAAGUGAAAUACGAUCCAGAGGUCAUAGGUGCCCGUAAGAUCUGCGACGCAGUGAACAGUCUCGGGUUCGAUGCUAGCCUGGUCACAUCUAGUAUUAGGAACAGUGGCAAUUACUUAGAACACAAAGAAGAAAUAAGAAAAUGGCGGAACGCGUUUUUAAUUUCGCUAAUUUUCGGAGCACCCUGUAUGGCGGCGAUGGUGUAUUUUAUGUCGCACAUGGGCCCCGGGCAUUCCGCUCGGGAUAUGUGCUGUGUGGUACCGGGGUUGAGUCUUGAAAACUUGAUUAUGAUGGCGCUGGCUACGCCUGUACAGUUUAUCGGUGGUUGGCACUUCUACAAGCAAGCGUACAAGGCACUAAGACACGGAACAUCCAAUAUGGACGUGUUGAUCUCUAUGACUACUACAAUAAGUUACGCGUAUUCCCUAGCAGUCGUGAUAGCAGCGAUGGCUCUAGAGAAAGACACCAGCCCGUUAACCUUCUUCGACACACCGCCGAUGUUGUUAGUCUUUGUAUCUCUGGGAAGAUGGCUUGAACAUAUCGCUAAGGGCAAAACAUCAGAAGCCCUAUCCAAGUUGCUCUCCUUGAAGCCGACUGAAGCUGUACUGGUCACUCUUGAUGCUGAGGGUCGAGAGAUUUCCGAGAAGAAUAUACCAGUUGAGCUCGUAGAGAGAGGUGACGUUUUAAAGGUAGUUCCAGGCGCAAAAAUCCCAGUGGAUGGCAAGGUUAUAACUGGGCAGAGCACGUGUGAUGAAUCUCUUAUAACCGGCGAGUCUAUGCCAGUUGCUAAAACCAAAGAUUCGCUGGUAAUAGGCGGUAGUAUUAACCAACACGGCGCAUUACUCAUGCGCGCUACACACACAGGCGAAGCGUCGACUCUUGCGCAGAUCGUGCGAUUGGUAGAAGAGGCACAGAGUAGCAAAGCACCUGUGCAGAGACUUGCGGAUACGAUAGCUGGAUAUUUUGUGCCAAUCGUGGUCUUUCUCUCCAUACUGACGCUGGUGUGCUGGAUUAUAAGUGGUGCUAUAGAUGUCGACAGGAUAAAAGCUAUCACACCUGAAAUCUAUCGCGACUUCUCCGACUGGGAAUUGAUAGUGCAAACGUCUUUCCACUUUGCGCUCUCAGUUCUGGCGAUAGCGUGUCCCUGUGCGCUCGGCUUGGCCACGCCCACCGCGGUCAUGGUCGCCACGGGGGUGGGAGCCAAAUUGGGCUUAUUGAUAAAGGGGGCAGAACCCUUGGAGAACGCACAUAAGGUUAAAACAGUGAUAUUCGACAAAACUGGAACAAUCACACGAGGCAGCACUACAGUUGCCAGAGUCUCGCUCCUAACAGGCGAACCAAACAUGCUACCAGAUAUCCUCGCUUGUAUUUUGACUGCGGAGCUCAAUUCGGAACAUCCUGUAGCUUCCGCGAUAGUGCGUUGGUGUAGCGCAGUGUUGGGCUCGUCUGAUCGGGCGCAGUGCAGCGGGUUUACAGCCGCGCCCGGGUGCGGUUUGCGGGCUAGACUUACUCUGCGCGCGCGAACGACGCCAUUACCCUUGGAUACUGCGGCAUUGGGAGAUCGAGAAACCUCGUCUUUCCAGCUGGCAGGUGUAACAGUUGACAUGAUCGAGAGCGAAGGCGACUCCGCCCUCAGCUCAGCUCAAGCGGCGCACAGACUUAACGCUAUCAUACGAACGGAUGUUGAACAGGAAGUUGAACAAAUAGUGCUGAUUGGAAACAGGGAAUGGAUGACACGUAACGGUGUGACUGUCCCCAGGAGGGUGCAACGCGUGUUGAGAGAUGACGAGGAAUUGGGCAGGACUGCAGUGCUAGUUGCAAUUAAUGAUCAAUUAGUUUGUACAAUCGGCGUAGCUGACGAAGUUAAACCAGAGGCGCAUUUAGCUGUAUACUGUCUCAAGAAAAUGGGCUUAGAAGUGUGCUUGCUCACUGGCGAUAAUAGAAAGACCGCUGUCGCCAUAGCCAGACAGGUUGGAAUCAACAAAGUGUACGCAGAAGUGUUACCAUCUCACAAAGUCGCGAAGAUACAAAAAUUACAAGAAAAGGGACAGAAGGUUGCAAUGGUCGGUGAUGGAGUGAACGACUCACCUGCGCUGGCGCAGGCUGAUGUCGGUAUUGCCAUAGCUAGUGGUACAGAUGUCGCUGUUGAAGCUGCUGAUCUCGUGCUCAUGAGGAACGAUCUCUUAGAUGUAGUGGCGUGUUUAGACCUAUCAAGAACGACAGUAAGAAGAAUCCGACUCAACUUUAUAUUCGCGAGUGUAUACAACUUGCUGGGAAUUCCUUUAGCGAGCGGUGCGUUCGCUCUUCUUGGACUACAGUUGCAGCCCUGGAUGGCGUCAGCUGCUAUGGCGAUGAGUUCUGUGUCAGUCGUUUGCUCCAGUUUGUUACUUAAGACUUUCAGUAAACCAAAUGUAGAGGAUCUCCGUACGACGGAGUACCUGCAAUCUAUACAUUUGGAAGAGUUGGACUCAGUGUCUGUACAUCGCGGCUUAGACGACAAAGUGUACCCGGACACGAGAGCCUCGCCACUUGCAAACAAAAGGCGGGACUCGUUGAAAACAGCGCUAUUAAAGGUCUAG